CCGGGGCGCCUCGGCGGAGCUUGGGAGCCUGGCGAGUCGCUGGGGGAAACCGAGCAGACGCCUAGAGCAACCCGGAGCAUCGGAAGGUGAUCGCGCUAGUCGGACCCGCGGAUCGCAGCCUGUAGAUCGCGGCCGGGGCCUGGAGAACAGCCCCAAGUGAAGGGAUCCUCUUCCUGAAGGAGGGGAUCAUGGCUUCCUUGUUGCUCGCCCGGCGGGUGGCCUGCAGCUCCCAGAAAAGCUUCUGCCUCUUCACACCUGGAUCCAGAUAUAUCAGUCAAGCUGCUGCCAAAGUUGACAUUGAAUUUGAUUACGAUGGGCCACUGAUGAAGACAGAAGUCCCGGGGCCGCGAUCUCAGGAGUUAAUGAAACAGCUGAACACAAUCCAGAAUGCAGAGGCUGUGCACUUUUUCUGCAACUAUGAAGAAAGCCGGGGCAACUACCUGGUGGACGUGGAUGGCAACCGCAUGCUGGACCUGUAUUCUCAGAUCUCCUCUGUCCCCAUAGGUUACAACCAUCCAGCUCUGGCGAAACUCAUCCAGCAGCCUCAGAACGCGAGUAAUUUCAUCAACAGACCUGCCUUGGGCAUCCUGCCAUCCAGAAUUUUUGUUGACAAGCUCCGGGAGUCCUUGAUUUCGGUGGCACCCAAAGGCAUGUCCCAGCUCAUCACCAUGGCCUGUGGUUCCUGCUCUAAUGAGAACGCAUUCAAGACCAUCUUCAUGUGGUACCGGAGUAAGGAACGAGGCCAGGAGGUUUUCUCAAAGGAGGAGCUGGAGACGUGCAAUGGGUUAACCAGUCCUGGAUGCCCUGACUACAGCAUCCUCUCCUUCAUGGGCGCUUUCCACGGGAGGACUAUGGGAUGCUUAGCGACCACACACUCAAAAGCAAUUCACAAGAUUGACAUCCCUUCCUUUGACUGGCCCAUUGCUCCAUUCCCACGGCUGAAGUACCCCCUGGAGGAGUUCGUGAAGGACAACCAGCAAGAGGAGGCCCGAUGCCUAGAAGAGGUGGAAGAUCUAAUUGUGAAAUAUCGGAAAAAGAAGAGAACAGUGGCUGGAAUCAUCGUUGAGCCCAUCCAGUCUGAGGGCGGAGACAAUCACGCCUCAGAUGACUUCUUCCGGAAACUGAGAGACAUCGCCCGGAAGCAUGGCUGUGCCUUCUUGGUGGAUGAAGUUCAGACUGGAGGGGGCUGCACGGGCAAGUUCUGGGCCCACGAGCACUGGGGCUUGGAUGACCCAGCUGAUGUAAUGUCCUUCAGCAAGAAGAUGAUGACAGGGGGCUUCUUCCACAAGGAGGAGUUCCGGCCAAGUGCUCCGUACCGGAUCUUCAACACCUGGCUGGGAGACCCGUCCAAGAACUUGCUGCUGGCAGAGGUCAUUAAUAUCAUCAAGCGGGAAGACCUGCUCAACAAUGUGGCGCAUGCCGGGAAGACCCUACUCACAGGGCUGCUGGAUCUCCAGGCCCGGUACCCCCAGUUCAUCAGCAGAGUGAGAGGACGAGGCACCUUUUGUUCCUUCGACACUCCAGACGAAUCCGUACGGAAUAAACUCAUUCUAACCGCCAGAAACAAAGGUGUGGUACUGGGGGGCUGUGGUGACAAGUCCAUCCGUUUCCGUCCCACGCUGGUCUUCAGGGAUCACCACGCUCACCUGUUCCUCAACAUCUUCAGUGACAUCUUAGCAGACUUCAAGUAAAGAAGCCGUUCCCGUGACAUUCAGAGAAAGCCUGGUCAGCGGUGUCAACCUGAUUAGUUUGCCUAAUUCAUAUUUUCACUUCCAAGUUUAUCAGAGGCGAAUGCAUUAACUGAAGGGUCAUUUGUGGGGCAGGCACAUCGUUCAGUGGUUGUAGAGGAAGAGCGGGUCAGGAGGACCUGGGUUUGAGUUUCCUCCCUGUGGGACUCAUGAUGCCAAUUGGUUAAAGCCCUUAAGUUCUGUGUCAGCUUGGACACUGUCUUAGGAAAGGCCAUGAGGCCACAUUUCUGCCAACCCUGGACCAACCAGUUUCUUAGAAGCCACUCAACGCCAUUGUAUCUGCUCUGAGGUGGGCGGGCAGGAUCCUUGGGUCUCUCUGUCCAUCUCAAGUACCCUGUUCUGGGAUUAAAGAUGCUGAUGUCCUCUUGUCCUGCACAAA